AUGAUCCGCUUGUUGAGAACGCACGACAACGGCUGGUAUAUCACAGAGCACCGGGUGGAACACAACCACUCUCUGUCUAGCACGUGUGGAGAAAAGCUUAAUUGGCCUUCGCACAAGCACAUUGAUAUAUACACGAAGGAUCUAAUUAAACAGUUAAGGCAGAACAACAUUAAUGUGACUAAGGUAUAUAGAAUUAUACGUAGUUUUUUUGGAGACAUCGAGAAGGUCCCAUUUACCAAAAGAACACUUAGGAAUCUUUGUGGUAGGAUCAACAAGGAACAGGCGGAGGAUGAUGUUAGGAAGACAAUAGAUGUCUUCGCAGAUUUAGCUGCAAAAGAUCAGGAGUUUGUAUUCCGAGUGCAACUGGAUGCUGAAUGCCGGAUUAAGAACUUGAUGUGGGCCACCGGUAGUAGUAGAAAUCAGUAUAAUUUUUUUGGAGAUGCAAUUACUUUUGACACGACAUACAGAACAAACUUGUAUGACAUGCCUUUCGGCCUUUUCGUUGGGGUGAACAACCACUUCCAGAGUAUUAUAUUAGCUGGUGUUCUUCUGAGAGAUGAGCAGGUUGAAAGUUUUGAGUGGGUUUUCAGAAUUUACCAGUGCCGAGCAAUGGAGGUUGCUAUAAAAAGUACAUUGCCAACAAUGACGUACUGUUGGUGCAAAUGGCAUGUUUUGAAAAAGGCUAAAGAGACACUCGGUGGGCUGUACACAAAGAGAUCCGAGUUCAGGGCUGAAUUCCACAAGGUUGUGAACCACAUGCUCACUGUUGAUGAGUUUGAGCGGGCUUGGAAAUUGCUUCUAGAGAAGUUCAACCUGAAAACACACGGUUACAUGACUCAGAUCUACGAGAUCAGGCAUAUGUGGGCAAAGCCGUACUUCACUGGGGUGUUUUGUGCUAAGAUGAGCAGCACACAAAGAAGCAAAAGCGCGAACAGCAUGCUCAAGGCGUAUGUUCCUCCGGGAUGCCCCAUGCACAUGUUUGUCAGGCAUUACAUGCGUUUGCAAUUUUCAAGAGAUUCAUAUGAGAGCUACGAGGAAAAAAGGACCAAGAUUGCUGGAGUUGUAAUGGAUUUUCUCGGUUACACCGAGAUACCGAAGAAUUUGAUCAUGAAGCGAUGGACGAGGGACAUACUGCCGGCGCAUCUCCAAGUUUACCAAAGAGACCAUGCUGGUAGCAGGACAAUGACACACAGGCACACAACACUGUAUGUGCACGCGAUGGAGCUUGUCAGGUUGGGAGAUGCAUCUGUCGAAGCUUACCAGAAAGGAAUGGAGAUAAUCAAGAAUGGGAUUGCUUCGCUGGCUGAAUAUGAAAACUGUAGGGAUGGCCUGGCAGUAGAAGACAGACCAUCAUUGCAGCAGGAUGAUCCAGCAACACAAGAUGUCACCUAG